CAGGAAUGUAUCGGUAUCGCCUGGGAGAUAUAGUGAAGGUGAAAGGCUUCCAUAACUGCACCCCACUGCUCCAAUUCGUUGGCAGGAAAAGUCUUAUCCUCAGUAUCGACAUUGACAAGAACACAGAGGAAGAUCUCAUACUCUCUGUGGAAACAGCUGCAAAAAUCUUAAGCAGCAACCCAUCAUCCAAGAUUGAGUUACUUGACUUCACAAGCCAUGUCAACACAUCAUCAUAUCCAGGCCAUUACAUUAUCAUCUGGGAAUUGAGUGGGGAGGCAAUUGAUCAUCAAGUUCUGCAAGAAUGCUGCAACUGCUUGGACCUUUCUUUUGCAGAUGUUGGGUAUAUUGUCUCUAGAAGAGUCAAGACCAUUGGUCCGCUGGAGAUUCGCGUGGUGAGGAAAGGGACGUUCAACAAGGUUCUUAAUCACUUUGUAGGUCUGGGAGCUACUCCAAACCAGUUCAAGGCUCCAAAAUAUAUCCCAGAAACUAAUGAGGCAGUUAUUGGGAUAUUAAGAGACAAUGUGGCUGUGGCUUUCUUUAGUACCGCAUAUCCUUGAAGUUGUAAUAGCCAGUGUCCGUGCUUGUCUCUGUAGAAUCUAGGAGCAAUAAUAAUAAAAUGAAAGAGAAAAACGAAGCAGUUGCGAGAGGUAGGAGUUACAUAAAAAUACUAUAGACUAUUAUCUUGCAUGCUAAGUCUUAGACUCACGUAG